CCAGGACUUGGCAUUUCUCAGAUGGCUACUUAGUGGACUGAAAAUUUAUGGACUGAUGCAAGCCGACCCUAAAUUUCAGGUGUGAAGUAAAAAUGGUGCAAAAAUAUCAGUCGCCUGUUAGAGUCUACAAGUACCCUUUUGAGCUUGUGAUGGCGGCUUAUGAAAAACGUUUUCCAACCUGCCCUGAGAUUCCAGUUUUUUUGGGCAGUGAGAUCCUUCGUGAAUCCAAGAGUGAAGAUGGAGCCAUUCAUAUCAUUGAAAGGAGUUGCAAAUUGAACGUGGAUGCACCUCGGUUGCUCAAGAAAAUUGCCGGGGUAGAAUAUGUCUUUUUCAUACAGAAAAAUACAGUGAACUGGCGGGAGAGAACGCUUGUUAUUGAAGCCCAUAAUGAGACCUUUGCCAACCGCGUCAUUGUCCUGGAGACGUGUCACUACUCGGUUCAUCCGGAGAAUGAAGACUGGACAUGUUUUGAACAAUCGGCAUCCCUUGACAUCAAAUCGUUCUUUGGUUUUGAAAAUACGGUGGAGAAAAUUGCAAUGAAACAAUACACAGCCAACAUCAAGCGGGGCAAAGAAGUCAUAGAGCAUUACCUAAAGGAGUUGAUAUCACAAGGGAUCACUUUUGUCCCUCGGUGGACUCCUCCCGAAGUCACGGGGGAUCUCAGGAAGAGGAAUCCAUCUGGAAGCAAUAAUGGUGCCGUAUCCCAAGAAUCUCACCCCCAGGGAAGUGAGAAAGAGCCUUCUUCUGUGGAGGCUUCAACCCCUGAAGGGGACAAACUGGAUGCCGAUUAUAUAGAACGUUACCUGGGACAAUUAAGUCCCAUGCAGGAAAGCUGCUUGAUCAGACUCCGCCAGUGGCUGCAAGAAAUGCAGAAAGGAAAGGUUCCCAAAGAUGAAUACAUCCUCCGUUUUCUGAGGGCUCGGGACUUCAAUAUUGAUAAGGCUCGGGAAAUGCUCUGUCAGUCCUUGGCAUGGCGAAAACAAUACCAGGUGGAUUACAUCCUGCAAACAUGGAGGCCCCCUUCUCUUUUGGAAGAAUACUAUGCUGGGGGUUGGCACUACCAAGACAAAGAUGGAAGACCUCUCUACAUCCUUCGACUGGGGCAAAUGGACACAAAAGGUCUUGUGAAGGCUCUAGGAGAGGAGUCACUUCUUCGCCACGUCUUGUCAAUUAAUGAGGAGGGACAAAAGAGAUGUGAAGAAAACACCAACGUCUUUGGCCGGCCCAUCUCAUCCUGGACCUGUUUAGUUGACCUUGAAGGACUGAACAUGCGUCAUCUCUGGCGUCCUGGAGUAAAAGCUCUCCUGAGGAUUAUCGAAGUCGUGGAGGACAAUUAUCCAGAGACUUUAGGAAGGCUUCUGAUUGUGCGAGCGCCCAGGGUGUUCCCUGUUCUCUGGACUUUGGUUAGCCCCUUUAUCAAUGAAAACACCAGGCAGAAGUUCCUCAUUUAUAGUGGCAACAAUUAUCAAGGUCCUGGAGGACUUGUAGAUUAUCUGGAAAAGGAUGUGAUUCCAGACUUCCUCGGAGGAGAAUGUGUGUGUAAUGUGCCUGAAGGUGGCCUUGUCCCCAAGUCACUGUAUCAAACAGAUGAAGAGUCUGAAACUGCUGAUCAUAUUCGUCUCUGGACAGAAACCAUCUAUCACUCUGCAAAUAUUUUCAAAGGGGCUCCCCAAGAGAUAGUGGUAGAGAUCCUGGAAGGUGAAUCUGUGAUCACUUGGGAUUUCGACAUCCUGAAAGGGGAUGUGGUGUUCAGCCUUUUCCAUUCCAAACGAGCACCUGAGACCGUUCGGAAGGAAUCUGUGAUGCCAACUGCUUUGACGGCUGGGGAAAACGUACAACUCAUUGGCAAGAGUUGGAUCCUGGGGGUAGACUAUAGCCGAGUGGAGACUCCCUUGGUCUGCCGAGAAGGCGAGAGCAUCCAGGGCUCCCAUGUGACUCGCUGGCCAGGUUUUUACAUCCUCCAGUGGAAAAUGCAUAGCCCAAUUCCCUGCACUGGGACCAGCCUCUCUCGAGUUGACGAUGUCUUGGCCACACUCCAGGUCUCUAAUCACAAAUGCAAGAUCCUGUAUUAUUAUGAGGUGCUUGCCUCCAAGGACUUCAGAGGGUCCAUGACAAGCUUGGAGUCAUGCACUAGUGGGUUUUCACAGCUCAGCGGAGCAACCACCUCUUCCAAUCGGUCGCAAAGCAGCUCUUUGGUCUCGAGAUAGCAUCGCCUGGGAACACGCGGAGCACCGGACUGGCCCCCGCUGGACCAAGUUGUUUCCCUCAAGGCUGCGCCACGGCACGACCCGCGGAGGCUCCAGGCAGCGUGUAGGAACGGCCGCGCCGGGGACCCCCAGAGACGCUUUUAGCAACCUGCCUGAAAUCCUUCCUCCCUCCCUCCCUUCCUUUUUCCCCCUAGAAUAGACUGAAACAGCUUCUAAAUCUUGAAGACUGGCCAUCUCCGAUUGUAUAUUAGCAAAUCUUGGGGUUGGAAGGCCUACUAUUUUUGCAUGGAUUUUACAAAAUUCGUAGGGUCAAAGGGCUCUUCCCAGUCAGCACCAUUCUACCUAAUUGUAAGGCUAGCUGAGGUGGCCUCCCCCAUUAGGGGCGUUAGAGCCAAAAAACAAAAACACCUCCCGGGCCCUGGUUAGGUUCUUUGCGCAUCAGCAAUGCCAUUUGUAUUUCAGCAAGGUACAAAAAGGUGCCUCGCUAGCAGAAUUUAGAUGCAAACUGCUGAUGUGUACAUAAAUAGAUUUGGGAUGGGAGGAGGGGGGAAAUCAGGUUUCAGGAAACUUAACUCAGAGAUGUUAGAGACCUAUUUAGAACUGUCUAACGCAUUGGAAUUGAGAAACACGCACCAGUUUCCUACAGCGCACUGAUACAGCUCUCUCUGGCAAGGAGCACCAGUUUCUCUUCCCCCUUUUUUUUUCUCAGGUCUGUGAGCAAUAAUUUAGAUCUCUGCCCGCUCGGUUUGCUCAGGGUAGAAAACGAGUUUCACUCCACAAAGGGCUAAGCAAAGCAAUAUUUCAUUUCUACAGGCACAAAACUCUUUCACAGUGUUAAAGGAGCGGUUGUUUUAGGAAGCAGGAGCUAACACAAGUUAGGGUAGGCACUUUAAGAGUGUGUGUGGGUGUGUGAGUGUGUGUGGGUGUGCAUGCAUUUCUAUGUAUAUAUUCAGAUAGAUAUAGAUAUAUGGAACUUAAAUACUUAAGUCCAAUUUACGGAAACAAGAUUAAGGCUUAAAUUAAUGAUUUGUAUCAUUUUGUAGGCCCAACCUGAUUAUUUAUUAUGGGAUACGCCUCCUUGUUUUAAGUAUUGGCCUUUUAAGCCAAGAAGAAUGGGGUGGGGUUCUGGUACCUUCAGCUUUAUAUUUUGGAGGGGUUGCCUAGUUUCUAACUAGUUAUUUUUGGAGACCUGCUUGCGUUACACAGAAGAAACUCUGCGGAUUUCCAAUACCUCGAAUCUAUGGGGUGAAUUUUCUAAACCGCAGCAAGGAACCUGUUGUCGUUGAGGAACGGCUCUGGUGACAAAGUCCUACAGUGGGGAAACGUUGAUUUUUGUAAGUAUUCGUUCUUCUAAAACAACGACAUCAAGGACUGAAACAUAUCAGUUGGGAAAAGUCACGGUUCAUCCAGAAUACAGUUGUGUGAAGUUAAUAUACAAACGGAGGGAACCAUAAUGGGUGAGAUACUUUCAACUGGGAAUGACGUGUGGAGUUUCCUUGGAAAGUUUAUUUUUCCAUCAAGGACAGGAUGAAUAGGGAGACGAUGGGACGAGAUUCAGCAUGCCUCUAGGUGGUCAGAGGGGUAUACAAUUGCGUUGGGGGGAGAAUAUAAAAUCAACCAGGGACCUUCUGUUCUUUGCCACUGUUACCUCCAUAAAGAGAAUCUAGGAAGAUAUUUAGUUUCCUAAGCUUGUCUUGAAAGCUAGGAUGUAUAAGUCCCAUUCUUGGCUGCUUCACUGGAUGUUAGACAGA